AUGGCUGAGAGUUCCCUACCUAGAGACUCGAGGAAAGGGAAGGCUCUCAUCAUACCGGAAGUGUUCCUAGAAGAUCCGGAUGAGAGAGUACCAUUCUCGGCCAGGAUUUUGAACGAAAAAUUACCUAAGGGCUACUGGGCCCCGUCAAUCGGGGAAUAUGAAGGGAGUAAAGACUCGGAGGAUCAUCUACGCAAGUUUAAGAAUGCAUCCCUGUUGCACCAAUAUAGUGAUGCUGUCAAGUGUCAAGUUUUCUUAAAUACUCUAUCUGGUUCGGCACUAAAGUGGUUUGAUGGGCUACCACAAGGAUCCAUCACAUGUUUCUUGGAUUUCAAGAUGACCUUCCUUCGUCAUUUCGCUAGCAGCAAAAAAUAUCAGAAGACGGAUCAUUGCCUUUUCGCUCUUAAGCAAGGGCCGACUGAGCCUUUAAGAAGUUACAUCAACCGCUUCAACCAAGUGGCCCAGGACGUCCCCACCGCCACUUUGGAGAUUCUGAUGAGCGCUUUCUCCCAUGGAUUAGGAGAGGGAGAAUUCUUUAGAGAUCUCAUCAAUAAUCCCACUCGGAAUUUUGAUGAGAUGGUGGAAAAAAUCGCUUGCUAUAUCAAAGUAGAAGAAGCACAGGCGGCCCGGAGGAAAGCCGAGAGACCACUUCCAUCUGUCAAUAAGCCGGAAAGAAGGGUAUCUCAACCACCCCUCAACCUCUUCCACGCGCUAGAGAAGCUAGGCCUACCUUCCAUUUCGGUCCGGAGGUUAGACCGACCCCCCGAGUCGCAGUUGUGCACGCUCCCCGAUCUAGACCGUGGAACACUCGGUAUUGCACCUAUCAUCGAUCUCAUACUCAUGAUACUAAUCAUUGUUUUCAGUUCGCUCGGGACUCUAAACGAGUUGCCGAGUUAG